UUAAUCCUCAGGCGCAUUCGCGACCUCGUGCAAGCAACUUGCCAUCUAAGAAUCGUCGAAGCCCCCACCACGAGCUUACUCUCUCGAUCCCAACACUUUUUUUUAUCUCUAUAAUUUUGAUGGAAUUUAAAUUUGGAGCUGUAGACGGCAAACCGCCGACGUACUUCUCUUCUUCAUCAACUAUUGGAUGCUUCUCCGAUCAAGCAUUACGAGCAAACUAUCCAAACAAUGAUACGCGUCAAAGCCCCGAGCUAAUGCGAAACCAAACGCUACUGCGUGAAAUAGAGAAGGAGCGUAUCAGACAAGAGAUAAUCGCAGAGGAAAUCGCUCGGAGACGGGUGCUCGAAGCCGAGGUGAGGAGGGAGCUGAUGAUGGAGAGAGAACUGCCAAUGCGAUUGGGAAUCGGAGAUGGUGGGUCGUCUUUUGACGGAAGACUGACAAUGCGACUUGAACCGGGACCUUGGUUCCCUUUCCCGAGCCGAUUUUACGAUCGCUGGGUCGAAGAGCGAUCAGCAUUUCAUGGUCGUGGCGUGGUCGAUCAGGGGCUGCAGAGGCCAAGAUUAUCAGAAGCUUUGGUGUCGCCUGAUGUUAAGUCUGCUUCAAAAGAUGAUGAGAAUAAACUAAUAGUACUGGCUAAGCCAAAUCCAAAUCUUUGUGGAGCAAAGCGGAAGGCUGAAACGCCACCUGAAGGAGGCUCUGGUGGUCUCCCUGAUGCUGAUUUAAAGAAAAUACCCAAGGAAGAGUGGAGUUGUGCCCUUUGUCAGGUAAGCGCUACAAGUGAAAGAGGUUUGAACGAACACCUCCAUGGCAAGAGGCAUAAAGCUAGGCUUGCAAGAUUGAGAGCCGACAAGAUGGUCAAAAACUCAAGUCCCGUACAGCUCCCAAAGAAAACUACUACAGGCGCAGAACUAGAGGUAAAAGCUGAAGGGCCAUUACUCCAAGUUGAAAAAGGUAAUAACAAUACGAACAAGCAAACAGGGGACAAACAAGAUUCAGGGAAUGCAAACGAUGAGCUGCAAUUGCAGAAAAAUGUACAUGAAAGUACCUUGAAGGAGAGAAAUGUGGCAGCAGAAGAGAGGACUGCGGAAUUUAGGAAGAAGAAAAAAUUUAGGUUCUGGUGUGAAGUUUGUCAAGUUGGUGCCUACUCUGCAACAGUGAUGGAGAAUCAUAAAAAGGGGAAGAAGCACAGAUUUCGGCAGCAGGAGCUUAAUCAAAACAGAGAAGCUGUUCCAACCAUCAUUAAGACGGUAUCAUCUAAACCAGGUGAGAAAGCAAAAGAUAAAGAAGCUGAGACUGAAAAGGCAAACGGGAAAAUCACAGAAAAUGCCAAUUAUAAUGAGAAAACAACAGAAACUGUUGCAGGCAAUGAGAAGAUAAUAGGAAAUGUGGUUGCAAAAGCUGAAGGAUUUGAUCAAUCUUCAAUUGCAAGUUGAAAAGCAAAAUUGAACCACCUUGGUGACUAUGGACAUAAACUUCAAGUUCAAGGUUAACUUUUCCUUUACUUAUAUAUUAAGUAACUUUUAUGUAAAGCCUUGCAUCAUGCUUGAAUCCGAAAUUGAUGAAAUGAAGCUAACUACGGUUGACCUUUAGCCUUAGAAA